AGCCUAACGAAAAGUAGAAAAGUGGAUCAGACGCAGCCUGCUGCGAACAGGCAGCUCGAACUUUUCUCUUUCGUUUAAUGGAAUUUAGAUCUGGAGGAUCAGAGGCAGGCGAAGAGAAUCCAAAGUGACCGAUGACAGUUUUUCUAAAGGGAAAAAAACCCUAAAUGGAUGAUAAACGAACCUACGUUUGAAAUCUAAAGGUUUAUCUCUGUCGGACGGUGAGAGUUCUCAACAGAGAAGAGAAACUUGACAAAGAAUUAAUUGACAAGUUUAUACGGCCACUCAGAAAAGAAGUAUGGCAAAGAAAUACGACUUCCUUUUUAAAUUACUACUUAUUGGUGAUAGUGGAGUUGGCAAAACAUGUCUGAUCAUCCGUUUCGCAGAAGAUAAUUUUAAUUCAACGUACAUAUCAACUAUUGGCAUCGACUUCAAAGUGAAGACCGUUGAGAUUGAAGGGAAGAAAGUCAAGCUGCAAGUCUGGGACACAGCAGGCCAGGAGAGGUUUAAGACCAUAACUACUGCUUACUACAGAGGAGCUAUGGGCAUCAUCCUUGUGUAUGACAUCACCGAUGAGAAAUCCUUUGAGAACAUUCAAAACUGGAUGAAAAGCAUCAAAGAGAAUGCAUCCGCAGGCGUGAGCCGGAUGCUACUGGGAAACAAAUGUGACAUAGAGGCCAAGAGAAAGGUUGCGUCGGAUGUGGGGGAGAAGCUUGCAAAGGACCACGGGAUUCGAUUCUUCGAGACGAGCGCAAAGUCCAGCAUCAACGUUGAGGAGUCCUUCGCAGCACUGGCUCGAGACAUCCUGAUGAAAGCGAGUAAGAAGGCGGGUCCGUCAGGACGCGAGGUCAGACUAACCAGUACCGCCCCAGAGAAGAAGACCUCCAAGUGCCUUCUGCUUUAGAGGAGUCCUCAACCUGCAGAACACACACACACACACACUCACACACUCACACACACACACGUGUACGCAAGCACAGACAGACACUCCUACGAGAUGGCAGUAUUACAACAGAGGGAUUUAAAACCUAAGUGUAGAAUGUUAUUAUGAGGUGGCUCUGGACUCUGACAGCUGAUACAGUAAAUGACCAAAAAUGCAAAGAAGAUCAAAGAUACAGCAAAUGUAUGUGUAAAGGAGUUGCCUGUUUUUAUAAGAUUGUAUUAGUACAGUUUUGUAUUAUGUUCCGUAGUUGAGUUUGUGGAGCUGGCCAGAAUAUGUUUACACAUUUUAAAUUUGCAUAUACCAGCGGGAGUUUGUGUGGCGGUAUACACAAGAAUGAUUUAUGAAAAACAAAACGAUAAAGACAUUGCAGUUAAGGUGCUGUAGACGCACGUCGUGUACAUCUGUUCCUCAUUCACUGUCUGAGGAUGUAGGUCGGCUACACACUGCAAAAAUGUGCAACUGAAAACAUGGUUGUAGACUAUAAAUGACUUCAGCCUAUUUCCAUAUGUGUUUACUCAUGUUAAGUAAUCUAGUGAAAUUACCUGCAAAAGUAACAAUAAAAUUUCACUUGAUAAGGCAUAAAAAGAAAAAUAGGCUGAGAAAUAUUACAAUAUAACUAUAGAAUAAUCUUAAAAUGAGAAGAAUUAAAUGUACUACCUACAGUCAAAAUGUUUUUACUUGCUAAGAUGUUGUUUUUGCAAUAUAGAUUUUUGUCCUGAUUGAGAACUUUGGCCACUUCCUGGACUGUUAAGACUUGUUUUGUCAGAUGAAGGUCUGAGUACGUGGAAGAAACAAAGCGUGUUGAAUAUGAUGAUUUACAUAUGGAAAUUAUGGCUACAGGAAGUUAUUACAGAAGUGGUACGUUAAAGAUUGUCGGGUUCUGCAAAAGUGUCCCUGGGAGAAACUGAUGCUUUGAAUCUUGCCUUUUGUUUUACAUAAUUAAAGGCGUUUUCCCAACUCUCAAGCUGCACACUUUUAUCCGUUAGCUUUAAAGUCUUCGUUUCCUUCUGUCAUUUAUUGGAGCACAUCCAUCAGAGCCUGUGUGUAUUUUAAGCUGCAUUGAAUAAACUGAAAUGAGCAAA